UACCACCGCCUGGCUUCUCCUUUAAAACACACACAAAAUAUUCACCGCAAAUGUUGUGGUGGUUUCUGUCCACCCCACCCUCGUCCUGUGUAGAGUCUGCUUCAUAGGCUCCCCACCCCCCUACUUGAGGUUGGUGCAUAGCUGCCAAGUUCUCCCUUUUUUUAAGGGAAAUUCCCUUAUGCUGAAUAGGCUUCCUCGUGAGAAAAGGGAAAACUUGGCAGCUAUGGGUUGGUGUUUCCCUCGUGGCCUUUUGUCUCCUCACCCGCUCCCUUAUCCACGGUUCACGUGCGUGAAAGGCGGGACUUUUCCCGGCACUUGCGCCUUCGGGCGGUUUCUCUUUUGAAGGGCAAACUAACCCCCCCCCGCCCCGGCAAGGAAAGGAGGGACCGGUUGAGGUGGGGGGAGUGUUGCAUGUUGUGUGUGUGGUGUGGUUUGUUUCUCCCCAUGUUCUUUCCCGUCCUCGAGUUAAUAAGGUGGUGCCAGCUCUCGCCCCACCCCCUUCUUUUAAAUAGUUAUAAAAAUGUAGGUUGGCUAUUGUCGGUCAGUAGGAGCGCCCUCCCCCCCCCCAAAUGCAUGGCGUGAAAUCCUAGUUAUCUCCCCUCUGCUUGAAGCGGUUGAAGGACAGGCCCCUCCUCCUGGGGACUAAGUAGGGUCAGCGUUGUUGACAAUGGUGUGCCCUGUCAGCUGCCAGAUCUCUUCUGCUCCCAGAGAGAGCUGCUGCUGCUGUUUGCUACUGCUGCUGGAGGAGGAGUGUGUGAACGUGCUCGUGCUUGCGUGCACUUGUGCUGCUUUUUCUUUUCGUUAGCAUCUCCCUGCUUUACAGCUGCAUUUCCUCAACAGUUGAUCUCAAACAGAGAAAAUUACAUAGCUCAUAAUCCUGUGGGGCAUUGGAAGCCAACCAAAUGGCAUCUUCUACUACUGUGCCUGUAGGUUUUCACUAUGAAACAAAAUAUGUUGUCCUCAGCUAUUUGGGUCUCUUGUCACAAGAAAAACCUCAGGAGCAGCUCUCUCUGCCAACUCAAGUGACUGAUCCAUCUGCAGUCUCUCAAGCUUUAGAUAAGGAAGUCCUGGAGAAACUUAAAGCAGAAAUUGAGGAGGAAUUGAAACGUCUUGAUGAAGAAAUUGUGGAAGCUUUUACCAGCACAGGCUUUGACUGCCACACAUCUCCAGUAUUCAGUCCUGCCAAUCCAGAGACUUCAAUAGAAGAUUGCUUAGCUCAUCUGGGAGAGAAAGUAUUCCAAGAAUUGAAAGAACCUAUUCAAAAGGCAUUAGAGACCCUACUUAGCAAACCAGUAACUUACAAGGAAUAUAAAGAAAGGACACAGGAAGCAUCAGCUCAUGCCAGUGGAUGGAGCAAGGUUUUAGUGCCUCUGGUGAUCCUUCAGCGAUUCCUGAUGGAACUGACGAGACAGGGCCAAGAACCACUUGGGGCACUGCUGAAUUUUGGAGUGACCUACCUGGAGGACUAUGUUGCAGACUAUAUCAUCCAGCAAGGUGGAUGGGGUACUGUUUUUAGUUUGGAUUCUGAAGAAGAGGAGUACCACGGAAUAAUUGCUGAAGACAGCAAUGACAUCUACAUCCUAACUAGUGACAACUCAGGCCAGGUGAGCCCUCCUGAGUCACCCACAGUGACAACAUCUUGGCAGUCAGAGAGCUUGCCAGUUUCUUUGUCAGCUAGUCAGAGUUGGCAUACUGAGAGCUUACCUGUCUCGUUGGGGCCUGAGUCUUGGCAACAAGUGGCUAUGGAUCCUGAAGAAGUGAAGAGUUUGGACAGCAAUGGAGGUGGGGAAGAAAGGAGUGAGAAUAACUCUUCAAACUCUGAUAUUGUUCAUGUUGAAAAGGAGGAGAUACCAGAGGGGGUUGAGGAAACAGUGGUGUCAGAAGUGGUCUUGCAUGCUGACACUGCAAAGUCUGCUUCCCCAGAACCUCCAACUGCAUUGCUGGAGCCAGAAGCUGAAAUUGUGUCUCUUAAAAAGCCAAGCUCCUCUGCACCUUCCCAUACGGAACACCAGAAAGAGGGGAAAGAGGUGCUGCUGCCAGAACCUGAUGCUCCAGCCUUGAGUAAACCUGUCCAGCAAUUAACUCAGUCAGAAGAAAAAGCUACCCCCAAACCUGAAAGAAUACUGCCUCCAGAAGAAGAAAUAAAGGCCAGAAAGGGAAGCUAUUCUGAAGAAAAGGAUGAGAAGACCCCUGCUGGAGAGGAGAAACCCAUCCUCUUACCAGAAGGCAAAUCAAUUCUACUAUAUGGUGGGGCAGCUGCAGUGGCCAUCCUAGCUGUGGCAGUAGGUGUAGCACUAGCAUUGAGGAAGAAGUAGUGAACGCCUCUCCUCAAGGAGGUAGCGCCUGAAUCUACACUUAGUUGCAUUGGCUGAGGGUGUGGUGCCUGCUGUUAAUGGGAAAUUCAUGUAGCAAAAAGGGUGAUGGGGCAAGGGUACACUAUAAGGCUUAGCCUGGGGACAAUCAUGUUUUUACUGGAUUGGUAUCGGAUCUUCCUGUUUAACAUAUAGGGGUGUCAUUUUGAAAAACCCUGCACAUUUAAUAUGUAUGUAUAGCUGAGAAAUGGGGAUGCUUAUACACUGGAAACCGGCACAGAACAUUCCAGGGGAAAAGGAAAGUUUGUUGUUAUCCCUGGAGAUUUCCCUUCCAUAGCUGCUCUUGCAGCUUCUUGGUUCCCCCUUCACCUCUUGAAUGAGAGGCUCUUCAAUCCUGUAGCAUGAGGUUGGUAGCUCUUUUGUCUCGGCUUCCUCAGGUAUUGCACAGCUCCUCUUGACCUUCCAGAUCUCUUUUAAACCCCAGUGGGUUAGUGCUUAUUCAAUACCUCUUUGCUUUAUACCUUUUCUACCCCCUCAUAUAUAUUUAAUGAAAUUCUUAAAGCUCUUUAAUGUUGGGUGGGUAAAGCAAUAGUCUCCCAUGCAGGAUUAGUGUUUGCAAGUGGCACCACUUGCAAAGUCAAAAUAUAAGCACCUGCUUUGGACAUCUUUUCCCUGUUGUGUUUGCACAAAUUAAAGAGUAAAAGACGCUUAGCCUUAAAUUGACCUUGACCACUGAUAAAAAGCCAAGCACAAGGUCUUCAAAGAAAUGAGUUCAUGUAGUUCAACUGAAGCAUUGUGCUGUCCCUCCCAGUUGUUUGUCUGGUUUUGGGCUGUAGAGUGAAUGGUGACCGGAAAGCCAGUAAGUCAUGUAAACUUACCAGAUAAUAGCUGCCUGUGGAAAGUUUAUUUUUAAUCCAGCCAGCUAUAAUUUCUACCCAAGAGGAAUGAAAUAAGAUAUGUCUUAUUAGUGUUUGGUGCUGUGUGUGUGAUGGAAACAAAAUUUAAAUAUUACUACUCUGUUGGUGUUUGCUAGCUCUGUGGAGUGAAAGCUCUUGUGUCCUUCAAGCGAUUGCUGCAGCUUGUUUGGGCUAGAGAUGUACUGAAAAUGCUGAGAUGGUGUAUAAAUCAAAAGUAAAAAAAAAAAGACGACCUUUCCCAAACUUUUUAAAAUAUCCAAGCUCCACUAUAGUAGACAUAUUCAAAUUUCCCCCCUCGUUAUUCUGCUAACCAAAGGAUGCUGAAUGAAUCCCUCCCCCCCUCAGUGUACUAAUUGGAUAUGAUUACCUGUCUGGCAAUCAGGUACCUCUUUACUAUAGUGCUAUUUAGGAAUGUGAAAGUGUUGAGUAGUGUUUUUCUCUAGUUCCUUGCCAUAGCUGCCUUUUCCAGUUACCCUCUGCAGAACAGAUGAUCAGGAAAUUCCUAAGAUUCCCUUCAACAACAUUUGUAGGCUGAACUUUUCCAUUCAUGUAUUAUAAAUAAAAGAAUCAUCAUUUCAAAUUAUCACAUGUAUACUCAUCAUGUGGCAGUGGUGAUCUUCUUCAAUGCUUGUGUUAACAAGUGUUACAUUUUGGAGGCAAUGUCUUGGCAACAUAUUCAUUAUGACCUGUGUUGAACUUUUUUGUUGCAAAAAUUCUUAAGGCUCAAUUGCUUCUUAAAAACAAACAAUAAUUUCAAUUCAUUUUAGGGAUGUGCUUGUAAAUAGAAUAUGCUCUUUUCCCUCAGGAAGCAUCUGGUAGCCAUUCCUAGAAUUUAUAAAUACACCAUGUAGCAAAUUGCUACAGAUCUCAGUGUAUGUGAUGCAGGUACAGGUAGGUAAUUAAGUAGAUGCAACUUAAAGGGAAAGUAAGGAGGUGUUUCAUUUUUAAUCCAUUCACCUUUCAAAAACUCAAAUUUAUUAUUACUUAUUUCAUGUUGCUAUAAUUGCUAUUUACUCCUGAAACUUCACUGGGCAGGCCCCAUUGUUCAGUGUAGUUUUGAUAUACAUUUAAUGAGUGAUAGUUGCCACUAUGACAGUCUGCAUUCCUGUUUACCAUAAAACUGUCUUCCAUCUGACUAUAAUGGUCACUUGAUUGUUUGGGGCAUCCAGGAUUUCUCAUGAUGGCAAAAGUAAUUGCAGUCAGCCGUAGUUUUAGCACAGUAGCCAAGUUCAUGAGGGUUUGGUUCUAAUGAUUGUGAAGUUGGGAGGAAGUAUCCACACAUUGUGGUAGAAAGCCUGGGUUUACUAUCAGUUUUCUAUUUGAGAGAAAGCCACUGCCAAUCUCGCCUCCCUGGUGAGUAUGCAUGUAUAAUACUGUACAUAGUUUCUGCAAACAAGGGUUUAUCUUCCCACAUUACAUGCACACCUACAAAUGUUGUAUGUGAAGUGUCCUCUAACCAUAUAGGAAUUUUUGCUUUUUGAUUCAGCAGGAUGGGAACUUUGCCAUGGCAGUUGGGAGUUGCUGGUUAGGUAAUUUCCAAUGCUUUUUUUCUAGUGCUGUCUUUGUUACCCAUUUUCCAGAAUAAAGUGCCUCAGUGUAUUCCAGUGGGCUUUAACGGUUUCCCUUUUUUAUAUUUGCCUGCUUUCUGUUUUGUAGCCCUAUUGUCCAAUAGUGAGUAUUCUUGAGCUAUAGCUCCAAAAAGCCUUUGGAAAAAAACUUCCCAUGCUGGAGCAAGGUAAAAUAAAUCAUAGCUGCCACGUCGUUAGAUAUUAGCAUUGUUGCAAGAGUUAAUAUAGCUCAAUAGUACCAUUUUGGGUUCUCAGUAUUUAGAGAUACACUAGUAUUAGGCCAAUUCAACUGAUAAUAGAUGGGAAUGGUUUAUAGCUCUCAAUAAAUUUGAUGGUUUUAAAUGGAUGUUGCUUCCUCUGUGUAAAUAUUUGCAAAACUCUUCUUUCUCCACUACAUACCCCCUUAAAUAUGAGUUAUGCAUACUUUGAAAUAAGCUCCUCCCUUAUCUGCUAGGGCUAUUGCCAAUACAAACUCUCAUUUUUCUAGCAGGCACUACAAAUCAAUUAGGAUAAACAGGUACUGUUUUUCUUUUUUCAAUACUACGGUCAUGUGUUUGGCCCGGGGUUGAGCAAGAGAGACAAUGGGCAACUGUAGAUUGGUAUUCUUCACCUGUUAAUUUCGCUAGUUUCGAAAUGCUAAAAAGAAUGUUAGAUGAACGAUUAAAGGGUGUAGAACUGUGAACUGCCACUUUCAACCAUUGACCAGUAAUAAUCUGUUCUAUUUUAUGUAGAUUUCUGAAAUGGGGGGGGGGGAGAUACUCUCCUCUGAAGCUAUUAGGGCUUCAAGAUGAAAUAGGACUUGGUAAAGGUGUCUCGUACUAUAAUUUCUCUUAUUCUGUGAUAUAAAGUCAUACAUUUAUUUAGUUGGUUCAGAUGAAUUUUGUUUUUAGCAGUGAAAUGGAUGCUUUGAAGCAGUGUUAUUUCACAGCUUUUCUUGAAGCAUCACUAGAGAAGGGCUAGUCUGUUUAUAAAUUAAUAACUAACAUUCUGUACUCUGGCAACAGUACUUCUCAGGGUUAAUGUUCAUAUAGCACGGGCAACAGGCUGGAGUCUCUAUGGUUUUUGGAGCUGCAAACAAUAAAAUAUUUAGGAUAAAUCAUGAACUGUUGUGUUAGCAGUAACAUUCAUAUUGGUGGACUUUUAAAAAUGCAUUGCAUGUGAAAUUAUGUCACCUAGAGGUACCCAUUUAUAUACUGUGCUAUCUAUGAGCAGGGUGGUCUACGAGUCUGCAUUGGAACACCUAAAAUUAUUAGACUGUACCAUACAAACCAAGCCACAAAUGCACAUUGUUCAGACAACAGUGUGGCUGCCGUCCUCUCUCAGCCUCCCCCACCAAAUUUUUUUUUUAAAUUGAAUGGGCAGGGGCAGGUGACUGCCAUUGAAAACCUCUUUCCUGUCCAGGCAAGCAACAUGGCAGCAAUCAGCAGAUUCAGUCUAAUUUGACCACCUCUCUUAGGGGUGAUAGGUGUGUUGCUCCCUGUGGCUUGUAUUAUAGUUGGCUGAAAUAAGAAGAAAACAAAAGCAGGAAGUAGCUGGGCUUUUAUCUCAGUAAAUCUAAAAUUGAUUCCCACUCACCCACUCCUGGACUAAUUUCUGGCGCUGUAGCAGUCUUGUUUGGUAGCAGCAGGGAAGCUUCAGGGAGACCAUGUUUUAUAUGCUGCAUACCAAAACUGCAGCAGGUACCGUAAAAACUAUGUUUCCCAGAAGCUAGUUGCAACAGGGGGGAGGUUAUUCUUGCAGCAUUUCUAUUAAGUUGCGGCUAAAGGAAAGCAGGUUUGUGUGGGUUUGACUUGAAACUCAGUCCAGAAAAUAAUGUGUAACUUGCAAAUACUUCAUAUAUCAGCCCCCAGAACUCUUUUAUUUCUAAAGUUGAAUGUGAUUACAUUGUUAUUCCUUAAGUGAUGCCCCCUAACUACUGUCUAUACCAGGCACCCCCAAACCUCGUCCCUCCAGAUGUUUUGGACUACAAUUCCCAUCAUCCCUGACCACUGGUCCUGUUAGCUAGGGAUCAUGGGAGUUGUAGGCCAAAACAUCUGGAGGGCUGCAGUUUGGGGGUGCCUGGUCUAUAGUGAUCAUGAGGACUUAAAGCAAAUUUUGUCUAGGAACUGUCCUAGCAGUAUAAACUGUUACUAAUGCAGACUUUCAGACAUUGCUCAUUAAGUAGAACCUAUUUUACCUCUGAUAAUGCUUUAAGUCAUGGUGGAAGAGAUUGAAGCUUGGUUGCACUCUAAAAGAUUAUGGAUUUUGAUUGUGAGAGCAAAAGAGAUGAGAUAAACAAAAGGCUAUAUACCGUAACAAACCACAAUUUAGCCCCUCUAUAGAACUCCAAAACUGUAAAAGCAACUCAUCAGCAUAUGGGUUAAAAGCCUAUUUCAAUCCUGUUCAUACAAAAGCAUUUUAUGGCUAAAGGUAUUAGGGGGAAAAUGUGUUUGUUUCUAGUGAAUUCCUAAAACAAUUGGUUGAUUUUCAAUAAGCAAAUUUGCAUUCUGAAAUACUGAUGUGACAUGCAAAUCAGUUAAGUGUUCAAGGAACUGUAUUUUUCUAAUUCCUUAUGCAAGUACAGCAUUUUCAAAAUUACUGUCUGAAGCCUUUUGUGCCAUUUGAUGAAUUAAAAAAACUUGCUAUUUCCAGUGUUAAAAAGGAGUUACCAACUCCCUCAUCUACUGUUCAUAAACUGAAGGGGUAUGUAUUUUUCCUCUGCUGAUGGCGCUUUGUUGUAAGACCCCAUGCCCCUAGCCCUCAGUUGCACUUUAAUAAAGUCAGUUUUGAAUAAAAUAUGUGUGGGUUUUCUUCUGUUUAGUGCAAGUGUGGGAAAGGGGGGGGGGGCUGAGGAUUGAAUAGGGCCAUGCACAGCUCCCCAUCUGACACAUAGGGCUCGUUACAGGCUCUAACCACCCACUAUACAUGCCCACUACUGCUUUUGCCAAUCUGGAAGGUGUCACAUGAUAAUGCAUUUUGCUUGUCUGGAUGGAGGGGUGGUGGUGUAAAACCUUUGAUUUUUCUGUGGUACAGUAGCUGUGUUUGAGUCACAGGCGUUGCAUCUGUUAUUCCAUCCAUUUUUCCUCAAAUACCAAUAUUAACACUCUGGCUGCUGGUAAUGGCUUCCCGUUAAAUUCUGAAACAGAAGAACUGCAGCUAGAAGGAAAAGGGAUUAGGAAUACAGGAUCAUUUUUUUUAGAUCUAACCUUUCCUCUCAGUAUUUUAUCAAAACCCCAUUCCCUAGCACUCGGUUUUGACAAUGAAAGGGUCAGCAUAAAAUCCCAGCUCUCAAAAUAUUCUUUCUGUGCUGCCAUGAAGAGCUGAAGUGAAAGAAAUAAAAAAGCAAUUUUAGCUCCAUGGGCUAACCUUUUUCUUUUCUUAAUAAAAGGGGCUGUGAUAUAAUAAAUAAAAGGAGCCAUGUUUAUUGUUGAACUUCUCAUGUGGCAUACACAUUUUCAAAAUUCCAAAUUAGUCCAUAGUUGAACUACAUUUUACUUUUUUCCAAGCCAAGUAAAAUGGAGAACUACUAAGGCAGUACUUCCACAUACACCCUGUGUACACUUUCUCAAAAGCCCUUACUACUUAACCCUUAAUGCUGAAUCAAAAUUUUAUUCAGGAUUAUAGGGUGUGGUACAGUGGGGUGGGGAGACACACCUUUUCAAAUUUAGCUGGUGGUGUAAGGAGAAGGCCACCAAUCCACACAGAUAAACGUACACAUACACCCCUCUCUGCUUGCAACUAUGUCAAGAGAUUUAUAAAGCAAUACCAAGAACUGGCAAGUUUACAAAGGAAGAGCCCAGGGCUACCCAAUCUAUUAUGAGCUGGAAAUUCCCAAGUGCAAGUAAAACACUUGCAUGACAGAGCAGAACCCACCAAUCAAUCAAGCAACCUUAAGGGAUUUUUAUUAGACAUCACAAACCAGCUUCAUUUAAAGCAAGAGUGGGUGACCUGUGGCCACAGCAUUCCUACUCAUUUGGGCUGGUUGGGUGGCACUGAUUAAUCCAGAAACACAUGCUAUCAGGGCAACAAGUUAAACACCUCUGCUGUAAAAUUUGCUGCCCAAUGUAAAAAGAACACAGGAAACAAUUUUCAUUUUUGAAAUUUUACAAACGGUAACACAACUACAUAUAUCAGCUACUUGAAUUAACAAAAAUGAUCUGCUAAAAACUGGACAACAACUGGUUCUUGAGAGCCAGUUUCCAGGACAGCUGGAAAGAUGAAGCUGCUCCAAGGCUAGGUGCCUUGGGGCACUAGCAGCAUACAUAGCCAGCACUGUUCCCCCAAGCUAAGGUUUUUUCAAAUUAGUGCAAUUCCUUUCACUGAUGCCCAAGAGUGUUGUCCUUAGAUGGGGUGGAGCGCCUGCCAUUGCUCAUUAAGGCUUUGUAGUUUUAUAAGUGAUCCCAAAGACUCUAAUGCAGUUGGCGACUGGCAGAACAGAACAUCUACCCUUUGCUCCAAGCUUAUCAUUUGCAAGGGAAUGACAGACUGCUCCCACCA